AGAAGAGCUUCAGUUUGCUCAAGGAGGGGAAUAUUUCAUGGUGAGGAGAAUUAAAGUUGGUCUACUGAAGCUGAAGAGAUGGACGCAGCGCCUAAAGAUGGAGCUGCUGUGGGGCUCGUGGGUGACCUCCACAAGUCCGACACACUCAACUCGACGGGCUCGGGCGGGGGCCGCAGGAGGACUGGAGGGGCCAAGAAGCAGAUGCAGGCCAAUAAGUCCAAACUACGAGCCCCCAGAGCACUGUGCUGCCUGACUCUCAGCAACCCCAUCCGCAUGGCCGCUCUCGCCCUAGUGGAGUGGAAAUAUCCUUCACCCUGUAUGUGUCCCUUUGAUAUAUUUAUCUUGUUAGCCAUCUUUGCUAACUGUGUUGCCCUCGGUGUAUCGAAGCCGUUUCCUGAAGACGAUUCCAAUGCCACCAAUCACAAUCUGGAACAAGUGGAAUACAUCUUUCUGGUGAUUUUCACUAUUGAGACCUUCACAAAGAUCCUGGCCUAUGGUCUGGUCAUGCACCCUAGUGCCUACAUCCGCAGCGGCUGGAACUUACUGGAUUUCGUCAUCGUCAUUGUCGGGCUGUUUAGUGUGGUAGCAGAGAUGGGGGAACACAAACCUGGUGAUGCUCAUCAUGCAGCAGGUAAACCCGGAGGUCUGGACGUAAAAGCCCUCCGAGCCUUCAGAGUAUUGCGGCCACUCCGCCUCGUCUCUGGUGUGCCCAGUCUGCAGAUUGUGUUGAACUCUAUUAUGAAGGCUAUGGUUCCUCUGCUGCACAUCGGCCUGUUGGUCAUGUUUGUCAUCAUCAUUUACGCCAUCAUCGGCCUGGAGCUGUUCAUCGGCAGGAUGCACAAAACCUGCUUCUAUGUCGGGACAGAGCUGUAUGUUGAUGAUGACCCCACGCCGUGUGCAUUUGCGGGUAACGGUCGUUUCUGUGUGGGAAACAAUACUGAGUGCAGAGGAGGCUGGGAGGGUCCUAACGGCGGCAUCACCAACUUCGACAACAUCUUCUUCGCCAUGCUCACUGUCUUCCAGUGCAUCACUAUGGAGGGGUGGACUGACGUUUUGUAUUGGAUGAACGAUGCAAUUGGUUUUGAGCUGCCCUGGAUUUACUUUGUGUCUCUGGUCAUCUUUGGCUCCUUUUUUGUCCUGAACCUUGUAUUGGGUGUGUUGAGCGGUGAGUUCUCUAAGGAAAGAGAGAAGGCUGUUUGUCGUGGAGAGCUGCAGAAGGCUCAGGAGAAGCAGCAGAUGGAAGAGGACAUGGUGGGCUACAUGGACUGGCUCAUUGAGGCUGAGGACAUGGACGAAGAUGGCAAUAAACGUGCUGUGGUGGCGAAGAAAAAGAUGAUGAAGAAAUACGGCUGGUAUAAACACAAUGAAGAUGGAGAAUCGGAUUCAGACUCAGAGUUUGAGGCUUUCCUGGAUGAUGACAAUGGCUGCUGCGCUUCUAUACAGGCAAAGCUGAUGGCUAUAAGUUUCUGUGAGCAGCUGUACCAUUUGAACCUGGUCAUAAGGAAGAACUGUCGGGUGGCGGUGAAGUCCAGCAACUUCUACUGGCUGGUGCUGCUGCUGGUGUUUCUCAACACAGCCGCGAGUGCUUCAGAGCAUUACGGCCAGCCACAGUGGCUCACUGAUAUACAGGAACGUGCCAAUAAGAUCCUGCUGGCAUUGUUCACCAUGGAGAUGCUGAUGAAGUUGUACAGCUUCGGCUUCCAGAUCUACUUCACAGCCCUGUUUAAUCGUUUUGACUGCUUCGUGGUCUGUGGUGGGAUACUAGAGACAGUGCUGGUGGAGCUGGAUGUGAUCCCACCCAUUGGCAUCUCUGUGCUGCGCUGCGUCCGCCUGCUCCGAAUCUUCAAAGUCACCCGUCACUGGGCCGCUCUCUCAGAUCUGGUCACUUCUCUGCUGAACUCGAUGAAGGCCAUCUGCUCUUUGCUGCUGCUGCUCUUCCUCUUCCUCAUCAUCUUCGCUCUGCUUGGCAUGCAGCUGUUCGGAGGCAAGUUCAACUUCGACGAGACUCAGAUGAAGAGAAGCACCUUCGACACCUUUCCCUCCGCCCUGCUCACUUGCUUCCAGAUUCUGACUGGAGAGGACUGGAACUCAGUGAUGUAUGAUGGAAUCAUGGCGUACGGUGGGCCUGUUUUUCCCAACAUGAUCGUCUGCAUCUACUUUGUAAUUCUCUUCGUAUGUGGUAACUACAUCCUGCUGAAUGUCUUUUUGGCUAUCGCAGUGGACAACUUGGCCGGAAGUGGCAGCAAAAAGAAAAAACAGGAGGUGAAGCCAGAAGAGGAGGAGUGGGAGGACGAUGAAGACAGAGAGGAAGAUGAGGCUGGAAAUGAGGCGGAUGACUGGGAGGAGAAUGAAGAGUUGAGAGCGAUUGAGGGUCUAGAGGGUAGCGUUCCAAUGAAAGUGGAAAGUUUUCAACCUAAAGAGAAAAUCGUCCCCAUUCCUGAUGGCAGCUCCUUUUUCAUCCUUGGGAAGAAAAACUGCCUCCGAGUGGCCUGUCACAACCUCAUUUACCAUCCUUACUUCACCAACUUCAUCCUCAUCUUCAUCAUCCUCAGUAGUUUCUCUCUGGCUGCAGAAGACCCCAUCAAAACCCAUUCUGUCCGCAAUGUCAUGCUGGGCUAUGCUGAUUAUGUUUUCACCACUGUCUUCACCAUUGAGAUCAUACUGAAGAUGACGGUAUAUGGCGCUUUCCUUCAUCCUGGCUCUUUCUGCAGAAAUGCCUUCAAUCUAUUAGAUCUACUGGUCGUCAGCGUGUCCCUGAUAUCUUUCUUUCUGCAUUCGAGUGCUAUCUCCGUGGUGAAGAUUUUGAGAGUGCUGCGAGUGCUCAGGCCACUCCGAGCCAUCAACCGCGCCAAAGGACUGAAGAGCGUGAUCCAGUGUGUGUUUGUGGCUAUCCGCACCAUCGGCAACAUCCUCAUUGUCACCACUCUCCUUCAGUUCAUGUUCGCCUGUAUCGGCGUGCAGCUCUUCAAGGGUCGUUUCUAUCGGUGCACAGACGAGGCCAAACACACACCAGAAGAGUGCAAGGGCACGUUUGUGGUGUAUAAGGAUGGGGAUAUGAAUCACCCCAUGGUAAAGGAGAGGUUUUGGGUGAACAGUGACUUUAACUUUGAUAACGUGCUGAUGGGGAUGCUAGCUCUCUUCACCGUCUCGACAUUUGAAGGCUGGCCUCAGCUUCUGUAUAAAGCUAUUGAUGCCAAUGCUGAGAACAGAGGCCCCAUCUACAACUACCGUGUAGAGAUCUCCAUCUUCUUCAUCAUCUACAUCAUCAUCAUUGCCUUCUUCAUGAUGAACAUCUUCGUGGGCUUCGUCAUCAUCACGUUCCGUGAACAGGGAGAGGCCGAGUUCAAAAACUGCGAGUUGAACAAAAAUCAAAGGCAGUGUGUGUAUUAUGCUUUGAAAGCUCAACCUAUAAAGAUCUACAUACCCAAAAACCCGUCACAGCUAAAGUUCUGGAAGAUCGUCAACUCCUCUCAGUUUGAGUACAUUAUGUUUGUUCUCAUUCUGCUCAACACACUUACGCUGGCUGUACAGCACUAUGAGCAGUCCAAGCUGUUUAACUUUGUCAUGGACAUCCUGAACAUGAUCUUCACCACACUCUUCACCAUUGAGAUGAUCAUCAAACUGCUCGCUCUGCGGCCAUACCACUAUUUUAUAGAUGCCUGGAAUUCCUUUGAUGCUUUGAUAGUGGUGGGGAGUUUGGUGGAUAUCAUGAUUGCAGAGUUUAGUGGAGAUGGAGAGAGUUCGAAGGUGUCCAUCACGUUCUUCCGUCUCUUCCGAGUCAUGCGAUUGGUCAAGCUGCUCAGCAAGGGGGAGGGCAUUCGCACUCUUCUCUGGACCUUUGUUAAAUCCUUACAGGCCUUACCUUACGUUGGCCUUCUCAUUGCUAUGAUCUUUUUCAUUUAUGGUGUAAUUGGGAUGCAGAUAUUUGGGAAGAUUGCUAUAGAUGACAGCACAGAGCUCAAUCGGAAUAACAACUUUCAGACCUUCUUCAUGGCAGUGCUGCUGCUCUUCAGAUGUGCAACAGGAGAGCAGUGGCAGGAGAUUAUGCUGGCAGCGUUGCCGGGACGACGGUGUGACCCCGAGUCGGACUUUGAGCCGGGAGAGGAGUACACCUGUGGAAGUAACCUUGCUUACCUGUACUUUAUCAGCUUCUUCGCUCUCUGCGCCUUUCUGAUCAUUAAUUUGUUUAUUGCUGUCAUCAUGGACAACUUUGAGUAUCUGACCAGAGACUGGACAGUGCUGGGCACUCACCAUCUGGAUGAGUUUAAGAGAGUGUGGUCAGACUAUGAUCCAGAAGCCACAGGAAGAAUUAAGCACCUGGAUGUUGUGACCAUGUUACGCAGAAUUCAGCCACCGCUGGGCUUUGGCAAACUCUGUCCUCAUCGAGUUGCCUGUAGGAGGCUGGUUGCUAUGAACGUGCCACUCCAUCCCGAUGGCACGGUGUCCUUCAAUGCUACCUUGUUUGCUCUCGUGAGGAAUUCGCUCAAGAUUAAAACUGAAGGUCAGCCGAUUGACCAGGAGAAUGAAGAGCUGAGAGCCAUUAUUAAGAAGAUUUGGAAGCGCACCAAGCCUAAGCUCUUAGAUGAAGUUAUACCGCCCCCUGCAGGAGAUGAGGUGACAGCUGGAAAGUUCUAUGCCAGUUUCCUCAUCCAGGAUUACUUCAAGAAGUACCGUAAAAGGAAAGAGAAAGAAAAGAAGAAGAAGGGAAAGGACAAGUCAGCCUCACUUCAGGUGCACAGUUAUAAAAAAUAAAUCAGUUGAUUCCCAUAAUGGAUUUUUUAAACUUUUCUUUGAAAAAUAUUAAAGCAAGAGGUUCUUAAAGCUUUGCUGAGCAAGAAUCUGAAGACGAAAUCAAAAUUGGUCAAACAGCGUCCAAUUUCCUCACACAAAAUGCACAAGGAGAUAAAAAGGUACUACCUGAUUUAGAACAAGUCACA